GAAAAAGCAUUUUACAGUUUAAAAGUCUGAGAAGCGAUUCUCCACCACUUCCUCACUUUCUCUCUUCACUUUUUCUGUGUUCAUCUUCUCCCUUCUCACCGUUCUUCUCCUCAAUUCUCUUUUCACUGUUAAUCUUCUGAAUUGGGUCAUCUUCUCUGCUGUUCCUUCUUUUUUCUGUGUUUCUUCUUGUUUUCCUUCCUCAAGAAUCGAAUCGGAAACUGAAUCGUUAAUGAAACGAUUCAGUUCCGAUUCAUGUUACGAUUUGCACUACAAAACGAUUCAUCAAACGAUAUAUGAUAUAUAUAUCAUAUAUCACGGAGGAAGAAUUUUGUAAUGAAUCGAGAUUUUCGAAUCGUACUAUUCCAACGAUUUUCUAACUGAACUGCUUUGGCUGUAAACCUAAUUUUUUCGAUUCAUGUAAUAAUCAAAGUAGGUUUUGUUUUCUACCUUCAAUCGCCUUCUAUUUAUGUCAUAGAAAAUAUUAUCUGCUUCUGAUUAUAAUCUUAGACAUGGAGAAGGAUAGUAAAGUAGGUCCUCCUCCUAUCUCUCUGUUGGAUUUGCCGGAAUCCACCUUGGAUUUCAUUCUCAAGUUCCUUUCUCCAAUAGAUCUUUGCACAAUGUCAAAGGUGUGUGUUUUCUUGAAGGGUAAAUGUCAGAGUGAUGAGUUUUGGGAAAAUCACAUAAAGCAAAAAUGGGGAAGAGUGAUUGGUGAUGCUGUUUACAAGGAGUGGAAAAGGCACGUAGCAAUUGCCAAGGAUGGAGUUUUGUUGAAGAAUCAACACACCAAUCAAACUGCCUCAAUGGGUUCUUUUUCUGGUGUUUGGCCUAACCUAUUUCUUGCUUCAUACUUAGAAGAUUUCAAGGUCCUCAAUGGACAAAACUCAAACAACUUCAUGAUGUCUUUGUAUUUCUCUCUUGAGAAUGGUAGCUUUUGGUUUCCUGCUGAGGUCUACAUGGAUCUGGUGAUUUACAAUGCCUUGGUUAGCUAUGACUCACAAUCUAAUACCUUUCAAGCAAGGUAUCAAAAUCGAGAUUGGGGAUUUCUAGGGAGAAACAUUCAGUGCGCUAUGGUGAGAGCUCCCUCGGUUGAUACUCCUCCUUAUGUUAUACAUCUCUCUCAUUGUUUAGACACAUUGAAACCAGACGAUCGUAUUGAGAUUCAAUGGAGACCAGAUACACACUCUCCUUAUGAUUGGUGGUACGCUGUUAUUGGUCACUUGGACUCAUGUUCUCGAAAUUGUUGUCAGUGUCAUUACAGUGAUACAUUGAUACUGGAGUUCAGACAAUACCCUGAAGAAUCAAAAGAUAGAAGAAUAAAGUUGUGUAGAAAGAAGAACGAAGAACAAGGUGAUGAAAUAAUUGGCUACUAUGGAGGAAUUAGAAAGCUUGAGGAUGAGGAUGAGAUUCAAACAUGGAAUGGGCUCUUCCCCCUUCAAGUUCAGUUGCCGGAUGACUUGCCAAACUUUGAUGAUAUUGGCCUCUUAGAGGAUGAUGAAGAAUCAUUAAGCUCACAGGAUGACGUAGAACACUUUGGAGAUGAUGGCUUCUUAGAGGAUAAUGUGGAAUUAUUUCCCCCACAGGAUGAUGGUGAUGGUAGGAACCCUUCUGAGCAUGAUACAGAUGCUAUGAAAGGCUUUACCUUUGCUGAAGUUGGUUUUAUGCGCAAAUGCAAUAGCAAAGUUGUUUGCUGUCAUUUCUCUUCAGAUGGGAAAUUAUUAGCUAGUGCUGGACAUGACAAAAAGGUUGUUCUGUGGAACAUGGAGACACUGAAAACAGAGACAACUCCGGAGGAUCACAGUCUUAUUAUUACUGAUGUUCGCUUCAGACCGAAUUCAACUCAGCUGGCAACAUCUUCAUUUGAUAAAACUGUUCGGUUGUGGGAUGCUGCUAAUCCAACCUUUUCUUUGCAGGCAUAUAGUGGUCAUUCUUCGCAUGUUUUGUCCCUUGAUUUUCACCCAAGGAAAAAUGAUUUUUUCUGUUCCUGUGAUGAUAUCAAUGAGAUUCGUUUCUGGAAUAUUAGCCAAUAUUCUUCCAUCAGACGUUUUAAGGGAGGAUCUACCCAGGUGAGGUUUCAGCCGAGGGUUGGUCACCUUCUGGCUGCAGCAAGUGGGAGUUCUGUGUCUCUCUUUGAUGUUGAGACUUGUAGGCCGAUGCACACAUUUCAGGGACACUCUGCAGAUGUAUCUUUCGUCUGUUGGGAUCCAAACGGAGAUUACUUUGCAUCUAUGAGUCAAGAAUGUGUCAAAGUGUGGUCAAUUGCAACUGGGGAAUGCAUUCAUGAACUUAAUUCCAAUGGAAACAUGUAUCAUUCUUGUGUCUUUCACCCAAGCUACUCAACUCUCUUGAUUAUUGGAGGAUACGAGUCACUGGAGCUGUGGAACAUGGCUGAGGAUAAAUUGAUGACAAUUCCAGCUCAUGAGGGUGUGAUAUCUGCAUUAGCACAAUCACCCGUCACAGGGAUGGUUGCUUCUGCCAGCCAUGACAAAUCUGUAAAGAUUUGGAAAUAAAUUUUACUAUUUUAUGCUUCAAACAAACAGGGCUCUACAAAUUACGAUGAUAUUAUUAUUAGCUCCUUUCGUUUUAAUAUCCAAAAUGUAUGUUAUCCAACUUCGUUGUCUGUUUACUUAUUAGUAAAUGACACAAAUUAAUCAGUGAUGAAUAUAUAGUUAAUGAUAUUAAUUAGUUUGAGAA